AUGGACCCGUCGGGGAACGGGUAUGAUAUCUAUGAUCUAUAUGACUUGGGGGAGUUUGAUCAGAAAGGCUCUAUCGGUACGAAAUGGGGGACCCGGGAGGAGCUGCACGAGUUAGUUAACGACGCUCAUGCCCUCGGACUGGGGGUCUAUUGGGACGCGGUUCUCAACCACAAGGCUGGUGCGGAUCACACCGAGCGCUUCAAGGCCGUCAGGGUUAAUCCGGAAAGACGAAACGUGACAAUCUCCAAGCCAUUAGAGAUCGAGGGCUGGGUCGGCUUUGACUUCGCGGGCCGUGGUGAUCUUUACAGCCCGAUGAAGUAUCACUGGGAGCACUUUUCCGGGGUGGACUGGGAUGAACAGAGUAAAGAGAAGGCCGUCUUUCGCAUCCUGGGCCAGAACAAGGAUUGGGCGCACGACGUGUCUACGGAGAAUGGGAAUUAUGACUAUCUGAUGUUUGCUGAUCUGGAUCUAUGGCACCCAGAGGUGCGGGACGAUUUGAUCAAUUGGGGCACCUGGAUCACCAAGGAACUAGCUUUGGACGGGAUGCGACUGGAUGCCGCGAAACAUAUGUCAACGGAUUUCCAGAAGAUUUUUGCUGAGCGCAUCCGCACAAGGGUGAACCCGAAUCUCUUCGUCAUGGGGGAAUACUGGUCUGGGGACAUCCAAGAUGUGGUGCGAUAUCUGGAGGAGAUGCAGCAUACGGUGUCCGCGUAUGAUGUGCCGCUGCUGAACCGAUUCUCCAGUCUGUCCAGAACGAAAGGAGCGGAUCUCCGGGGAGUCUUCAAGGAUACACUGGUGCAGCGCAGGCCCGGGCAUACAGUGACGAUCGUCGCAAAUCAUGACACGCAACCUGGACAAAUGAUGGAUACCCCAGUCAAGCCGUGGUUCAAACCGCUAGCCUACGCCCUGACCCUCCUCCGCAAAGAAGGCCAUCCCUGUGUCUUCUAUGGAGACCUAUACGGCAUCCGCGCAAACGUCAAACGCCCAAUGACUCCCGCCUGCAAGGGCAAACUGCCCAUCCUAACACAAGCCCGCAAGCACUUUGCGUACGGCGAACAACAGGACUAUUUCGACGCUCCUCAUUGUAUCGGAUUCGUCCGGUACGGAAACGCCCGCCAUCGCGGUCUCGCCUGCGUCAUGAGCAAUUUGGGCCCGGCGACCAAGCGGAUGUAUGUUGGGCCUGGACAUAUGAACGAGGAGUGGACGGACAUCCUACAACCAAGCAGACCAUCCGUUCUCAUUGACAAACGGGGAUAUGGGGAUUUCCCCGUUGACGGGAUGAGCGUCAGUGUGUGGGUUGACUCGGCCGCUGCUGGCGCAGCUAAUCUCAGUGAGAAUUUGGUUAAAGUCCGGCUUGACUUUCCCCAGCGUCAGAAGCAAGUCAGGAAGAACAUCGACUGCACCGCCUUCGUCUCACGUUCUCUUCUCCCCUCUGACACCGAAAUAGACUAUGUCGUUACAAACACCAAGUACAAGCCGUUUUACUCCGAAUCGUCCUAA